AUGUCGAGUUUUACGGCACCGCCGACGGCGACGUCGUCGACGACGACGACGGAGGGACGCGCGCUGCGACGCUCGCGUAAGCCGCCGCGCGCCGCGCGCCGCGGCCACGCCGUCGUCGUCAAAGCGUCCAACGAAGAGCCCCCCGCCGCGCCCGCGGAGCUCUCGCGCCGCGACGUCUUCGCGGCGACCGCGGCGCUCGCGGCGGCGAUCCCUCUCGACCGCGCGAGCGCGCCGUUCGCGGUCCCCGCCGCGUUCGCCGCGAUGGAGACCGCGGGCUCCAUCCCCGCGAAGGUCCCCGCGGCCGCGAGCCCGCUGAAGUUCUCCACGUCGACGCCGUCUCGCGUCAUCAAAGGCUGCUGGCAGCUCGGCGGCGGGCACCGCGGCGACCAGGCCACGGAUCGAACCUCCGGCGCCGCGGCGGUGGAGGACUUCGCCGCGUUCGCGCGCGCCGGAAUCAACACGUUCGACACCGGCCCGGAGGCGUGCGGGUACGGCCCUUCCGAGCUCAUCAUCGGCGAGGCGUUAAAGUCAGGGACGAUCAAGCGCGAGGACGUGAACAUCUACACCAAGCUGUGCUGCGUCGGCAGAGAGCAGCAGAACAUGACGUCGGACUGGGUGAACCAAAAGCUCGACCUGCCGUGCCGCCGGCUGGGAACGAACAAGCUCGACUUGGUGCAGAUGUAUUGGAACGAGUACAACGCGAAGCACUACGUCGACGCGGCGCUGUUUUUGACGGACGCGAAAGCCGCGGGGCGCAUCGGCGCGGUCGGUCUCACGAACUUCGACACGAAGCGCGUGGCGGAGAUGGUCGACGCCGGCGCGGAGAUCGCGUCCAACCAGAUUCAAUUCUCCCUCCUCGACCGCCGCCCGGAGCGCGAGAUGGUGCCGUACUGCGCGAAAAACGGGAUCGCGCUCCUGCCGUACGGCGUCGUCGCCGGUGGUCUCUUGUCCGACAAGUUCCUCGACUUUCCCGGCGAGGACGUCGUGUUAGACACGUCGAGCAAGCGGAAGUACGCGUCCGUGCUCGGAUACGCGGGUGGGUACGCGUGGUAUCAGCGGCUGCUAGCGGAGUUGAGAAGAGUCGGGGAUAAGCACGGCGGCGCGACGAUCGCGAACGUCGCGUCGCGGUGGGUUCUGGACUCGAACGACGUCACGCCGGCGAUCAUCUUGGGCGCGAGGAACGCGAACCACGUGGACGAUCACCGCGCGAUGUUUGCGUUCGAGCUCGACGACGACGAUAAGGCGUCCAUCCGCGGCGUUUUGAACAAGGGGAAAGCCCCGAGCGCUGACUGCUACACCUACGAAAGGGGCGGGCCGUGGUGA